CUGUCGAGUGGUAUGGGAAACGUGUGGUCGGGUCGAGGGAAUGGAGGGGUGGAGGAGGUGGAGGCGUUGGGUUGGAACGCCUACUGCUAUCCCCCCAAAAGUGGCCAAUACUUCAGCACUCACUUCAUUAUGGGUGGCGAGAGGUUCGAGACGUGCGCUCCCGAGGCCUACCUCUUCGGCGAGAACAUGGACCUCAACUUCUUGGGCAGUCAUCCCACGCCAUUCCCCUACUCCGCGCCAUUACCUCAAGAGCCCACCCGUACUCUGAGGGCACUCAUCAACAUUCGCAAAGAGUCACUCCGAUUGGUCCGCAUUGUGGCCAACAGUGGCUCCGAUGGCGUGUCCACUGGUGUGCCCACUGGCGAGGAAGUGGUGGACGCGACCAGUGGUGAGCCGACCCUCACGAGUGAGUCGCCCAAAGAGCCGAUUGUCUAUAGCGUGGAGUUUGCGUUCGACGCGGACGUGAAGUGUGCCAUAACUGUCCACUACUUGUGCUCCGAACAGAUGACACCCAAUGGUCUCAUAUACACGUCGAGGGAACCGAACCUCAGUUCACAGACCUAUCACUUCAAGAGAGGUCCGAACCAACUGUUCAGCCAAUCGUCGCAUGUCUUCAAUCCAUCGCUUUUCUCAGACGAAGAGCUCAUGUAUCGGUCGGUCGACGAAAAGGGAGACUUCGAUAGCAGUGCUCUUCUGCCGGUUGUCAUCCAUUGCGUGGCAGAGGAGGGCGAAGACCCCCGACAGUCACACUCUCUGAUCGCUGUCGUGGAGCGUAACCACGAAAAUACUCAUUCAAUGAAACCAUUGAAGCAAAAGCUGUUUGUCGACGGAUUGACGUAUUUAUUGCAAGAGAUCUAUGGCAUCGAAAACAAGAACGCGUUGACCACUAAAGGUGACGCCUCUAUGUCCGGCCCCACAGACAACGACUUGGAGGACAACUCCAGCGAAUGUGUCAUCUGUAUGAGUGAUCCGAGAGAUACUCUCAUUCUUCCGUGUCGUCAUCUGUGUCUCUGCAACGGUUGCGCCGAUUCAUUGCGAUAUCAGGCAAACAACUGUCCCAUAUGUAGGGCCCCUUUCCGGGCGUUACUGCAACUCAAAGCCGUGCGAAAGACAUUUGUGACCAACACAGGCAUCGGUGCUAAUGCCAGUCCUGUCGUCAAUCACCACCAAUUGAUGUCCUCAAACAGUUCUACCGAUUUGGUAGACAUACCUCCCGGUUAUGAACCCAUUUCCCUGAUAGAGGCACUCAAUGGUCCGAACCCUCACUCCAAUGGUUUGUCUCCCUUUCGAACGAAUUCUAAUGAAACCGAAACUCCGAUUAAUGUCAGGAAAUACCACAAAAACGAUCAAAAAUCCAAAAAAAUAAAUCAAAUAAAUAACACUAAUGUUGGACCGGAAGUGCUGUCAGAUUCUGUCACUGUUAUCACGAGAGCGCCUAUAGUGCGCUCCCGUCUGAACGCAUCGGAUAGUCCCUCCACUCCGGAAGUGGUUGUCUCGGGAAUACCCGUCUCUCCGACCAAAGACAAUGCAGACAACGAAUUAAACAUUGAUAUCAAUAAUGAGUCCAAAGAGCGAGAGCUGUGGCGCCGCUCUUUAGUCAAGAACUCGAAGCCAAUGAAACCCGUGGCCGACGAUAGCGGAAGCGCUUCCUCUUCUGCGUCAUCGACCGGAACGACAGAGAAUAUCGCACUUCAGGAAAGAAUACGACUCUUGGCUCACGACAAGUGCGAAGACGAAUGCGAUUAUAUGAUAGACAGAGAGGAAAGGGAGGACAGACACCACAAACUGAACGAAGAGGAGACGGAAAUGCAAUCAUUUCGAGUCAACCAAAUCACGUCACGGAGAGACAACUUCCUGAGAGGCCCUCUAAGCUCAGGGCAGAGAUAA